CGAGUCACCAUCACACACACACAAACCACUGUGUGGGCGUUGGGUCGCAUCUUGGCCAAGGACACGGACAUGUGGACUGUACCAACCGGGGAUCUCCCUUUUUCCCCCCGUCCAGCAGCAUAUCAUUAUUUGGGAAAUGUCAUUGGCUAAACGAUACGCCAUCAUCAGAACAAUCGGUUGCAAUUGGCUCAGCUUUUACACGUCAGAAGAGGGGCGGGCUCUUUCCAACAACAAGGUGCCUCGUUGGCUAUUGCAGGCUGUGGACAGCCCAUGCCAGCUCCGAUUGGGUCAAGUUUAGAUUGACAGCUCUCUUGAACCAAUAGGAUAUGGCUAUCCACCAUUGGCUGAGAUUGCGCAACAGCUGACAGUGGCUAUUCGUUGGUGUAAUAGCGUGUUUUCUCUGAUUAUGUUUCUGGAUCGGAUCGUCUGGACCUUUGACCAUGUACCAACACCGUCUUGUUGGAAUGUUUUUGAUCUGUGGAUUAAUAUGUAGCUUCUUAGAUGGAACCUGAUGUUUCAGUAGGAACCAAAGCUUCUCUUCAUUAUCCAGUCAAGUCCAACAUGGCAGAGAGGAGAGCGGUCGCAGCGGCGGCGGCACAGCCGGACUUCCUGCAGUUUAAUGAUCUGGCCUGUGAGACGGUCGGUGGGAGGGUGAUCUUUGCCACAGACGAGUGGUUCGCUCCUGCUGCCAAUCUGCUGAAGCGAGAGGCGCCGGAGUUCCUCCCGACGGCCUUCACCGAGUUCGGGAAGUGGAUGGACGGCUGGGAGACGAGGAGGAAGAGGACGCCCGGUCACGACUGGUGCAUCGUGCAGCUGGGCGUCCCGGGGCGGAUCCACGGCCUGGACAUCGACACGUCCUUCUUCACUGGAAACCACUCCCCCUUCGUCUCCGUGCAGGCCGGCUCUCUGGACCCCGCCCCCCCCCUCAGCCUGCAGGGCGACCGGACCGGCAUGGCCGCCUCUGAAACACAGCUGUCUGCUGUCGCCAAGCUGGGCUCGAAGGCGUGGCCAGAGUUGGUGGGUGUGUCCGAGCUGAAACCUGGAUACUGCGACAGUUGUCAUAACUACUUCAAGGUCAACUUCAAACACAGAGUCACACACCUGCGUCUCAACAUGCAUCCAGAUGGGGGGAUAUCCAGACUACGUGUGUAUGGCGUCGGGCAGAGGGACUGGUCGUCCGUCUCCACCAACCAGGAUGUCGACCUGGUGGCUCUGACCAAUGGGGGAGUCUGUCUCAGCUACAGCGACGCCCACUUUGGCCAUCCACGCAACAUGAUUGGACUCGGCCGAGCUGCCAACAUGGGGGACGGAUGGGAAACCGCUCGCAGGCUGGACAGACCCACACACCUGAAGGUGGACCAGCGGGGGAUCCUGGAGGUGCCCGGCUGGGAGUGGGCGGUGUUUCGUCUCGGUCGUCCCGGAGUGAUCAGCAGCAUCGAAGUUGACACCAACCACUUCAAAGGAAACUUCCCGGACUCCUGCAGGAUUGAGGCAUGUUCUCUGACGCCUGAGGACGAGGCUCAGAGCACCGCCACCAGGUGGAGCUCUCUGAAAUGGCAGAUCCUUCUUCCCCCUCAGAAACUCCGUCCUCAUCACAGACACCUCUAUGGUGAGGCAGAGCUGAUGCUGACUCGGCCCAUGAGCCACAUACGCUUGGUCAUCGCCCCGGACGGAGGGGUCAGCCGGCUGCGGCUCUGGGGUCGACCUGUGCGGAUCACUGCAGCUUCGACCAAUCAGCCGACAGCUAAUUCCAAACUCUGAAACACAAACAGAGGCUUCGACCCGCAGUUUGUUUAGGAACAAGUAAAACACAAAGCCACAUGACAGCCUGGUGGUCUUCAUACAGAAACCAUCUCCUGGGACAUCAAACAACUUUCCAGCUUCAUAUUAAAUCUUUCCUCCUCAGUCAAACAAGAGUUCAUUGAGUCUAAACUUUGAUAUUUGUAUAUCUGUUUCCCCUCUGAAAACAAAUUAAAUGAAUAAGAGGAGAUUAGCUCCAUGGUUUCAUUCUUUAACACGUGUUUUAAACCAUCGAGAAGCUGGAGAGGAAGUGACGCUCCACCAGGCGAGAGGAUUCUCACCUGGCCUGGAGAGAGAGUCUGAUCAAGUAAUCCAGAAGCUCCUAUGAUUCAUCAUCUGCAGCUCUGCAUAUUUGUGAAUAUGAGACCAUACAGAUCAAAUGUGAUAGAUUGUCUGAUGGUGAAGGUUUAGGUGUGGAGCUAUGGAAUGUCCUCACUAAGAUAGAAGUACAAACGUGUCUGUAUGUGUGAGGCCCACACAAUUGCCUUUAUUUUGAAAUGCUGUCAGGUUUCCAGCCUCUAACGAUCAAUUAUCAGACUCACUUCCCCAUCCCUCCUUGACCUUUGACCCCACACCACUGAGAACCACAGUGAAAACAAACGGGCAUCUUGGUUGAGAUGAGAAGAUCAUUCUCUUGAUUCAAACGGAACCAAUAAGUUUUAAAAACGUAUAUGUAAUUAGAACAUCAAAUUCUGCUUCAUUUUUAUUUACUUGUUUAUUAGUUUGAAUACUGACAGCAGACACACCAUAGUCAUCCAUUUCCUAUUUGUAUACCUGGUCCCAAAUCAAUGAUUCAAAAGUCCAAAGGUUCAUCAGGACAUCCUGUUUGUUCACAACGUAGACAGGAAGAAGGCCAAGGAAGGACCAACCCAACAGGAAACCUGGUCCAGGUGGAGAACUAGGAGCUGUUUCCAUGAUGAUCACUAACUGAGAAGAGCGUUAGCCUAGACAUCCGUAUUGCAUAGCACAGCGCCCUCUGGUGGUUGUUGCUCUGUUGCUACUGUCCUUCUGCAUCAUACACUGACUCAGUGACGAAGGUGCCAGUCAAAAUCUUUAAAACAAAUGAAAUUAAAAUGUUAUCACCACGUCUCGGAGCGCUGAAGUCCCAAAUGUUUGACUCUUGUCGAGGGUUAAGAGCCGAGGACUUCGCACCUUGUUCAGAUCUAUGAGACAAACUGAUUUGUGAAUUUGGGAAAUAAAAAAAAGAUGUGAUGA